AGGUUUUGGCUUGGACCGACGGGCCACAGGGGGCCCGUGUCCCAGCCCCCACGCCGUCAGCCCGAGCUCGGGCGGCGGCACCAUUCCACGUUUAUAUUCCCCUCCCCGCCGCGCGCGCGAUAGGUCGCCCGCGUGGCACAGGAGGGCUCGCCGUGCGCGCGCAGCCGCUCGCCAGCUUUGGCGGCUGGCUAGCGCGCGCGCGCGCGCGCUCCUGGCCCGCCACCACGGCGAGCACCUGUGCAGGCCUCGCGGCGGCCCUGGCGACAUGGCGGGCGACGGGAGCAGCCUCCAGUCGCCGUCGGCGUCGGCAGCCGGUCCGCCGUGGCGCGCAGGAGCUCCAGCGGCAGGGAGAGGCGAGCCUGUCUGGCCAUGCGUCGCCAGCAGGACGUGCGGUUUCAAGGCAACUUUCAGCAGCAGGGCCACCUGCUGGCAGUGCGGCCGCGACCGACAAGGGCGGUUUCCUAUCGGCGGUGGUCUACAACGUGCACCACGUACCAGGUCAGCGUCGGCUGCGCGUCGCCACCGUGGCCACGCGGCUCCUCCUCGCGCUGCAGGUGCUUCUGGUGCUGACGGUGCCUCCGCCAAGUCGGACGAGUCCGAGGCCCUCGUGCGGGCUCGCAAGGCAUUGGCGGCCUUGCGACGGUUGCAGUAUGACGACGACCAUCCGUCCAUCGUCAAUCUCACCCGCGAGGUCCGAGCGCUGGAGGCAGAUGAGCGUCGCCGUCGGCCACCCGACGCCGUCCUGCGCAGCGGCCAGGACCGCUUGGCUGCGAAGACCAAAGAGAAGGAGGACAAGGACAAGCAGCUGGUUGCAGCGAAAGCUCAAGUCGUGGACCUGCGCAAGCGCUCCGAAAGCCUCUCCGUUGAAGUGGGUGCCCUGCAGCAGGAGGUUGCCGAGGCGAGGGCCCUGGCGACGGUCUCGGCCGCGGGCCACAACGGGCUGGACCUCGCGGCCAUGGCGUCCAAUAUGCUCAAUCUCCAGACGCUCAUCGGCAACGCCCAGCAGUCCGUGGGCGCGGGCCCCCGCCGGGCCCCACAGGGCCGUCGGAGAGUACGGCUCGGGGCGAAGCGCCGGCCCUGCAGGGCGAGGGUCGGGGCCUCGGAUUGACCUCUGGCGGCCCCGCGUGCCAGCUAAUCAGGGCGUCGGAUGUCAGCUUGGAAAAAUGCUUGGACUGGACAAACAAAUUCCAG